AUGUUCAAGCUUGUGCUGAUCGUCGUCUUGGCCGCCUGCUGCGUGAGCGCCGCCCCUAAGGCUGGCCUCGCCCCCCUGGCCUACUCCGCCCCCCUGGUGGCUGCCGCCUCUGUGACCUACGCCGCCCCCGCGCCGGCCGUCGUAACGGCGCACAGCUCGCAGUACAUCGCGCAGAACUUCAACGGACUCGCCGUGGCAGCCGCCGCCCCCAUCCUUGUUCUGGUGCUGGCUUUGGCCGCCUGCUGCGUGAGCGCCGCCCCCAAGGCCGGCCUGGCCCCCCUGGCCUACUCCGCCCCCCUGAUGGCCGCCGCCCCCGUGGCCUACGCCGCCCCCGCGCCGGCCGUCGUGACGGUGCACAGCUCGCAGUACAUUGCGCAGAAUUUCAACGGACUCGCCGUGGCCGCCGCCGCCCCCGUCCUUGCUCUGAUGCUGGCUUUGGCCGCCUGCUGCGUGAGCGCCGCCCCCAAGGCCGGCCUCGCCCCCCUGGCCUAUUCCGCCCCCCUGGUGGCCGCCGGCCCCGUGGCCUACGCCGCCCACGCGCCGGCCGUCGUGACGGCGCACAGCUCGCAGUACAUCGCCCAGAACUUCAACGGACUCGCCGUGGCCGCCGCCGCCCCCGUCAUUGCCCUGGUGCUGGCUGUGGCCGCCUGCUGCGUGAGUGCCGCCCCCAAGGCCGGCCUCGCCCCCCUCGCCUACUCCGCCCCCCUGGUGGCCACCGCCCCCGUGGCCUACGCCGCCCCCGCGCCAGCCGUCGUGACGGCGCACAGCUCGCAGUACAUCGCUCAGAACUUCAACGGACUCGCCGUGGCCGCAGCCGCCCCCGUCGUCGCAGCCGCCCCUGCCGUCGCUGCUGCGUACCACGCCGCACCUGCUGUUUAUUUCAGAUAA